UACUCUUUCUGAUCUCUAACUAUUUGUUUCCUUCCCCAAGGAUAAAACAUUCCUUUUUUUGAAGAUGGCUGCCAUUUCAAAGAUUGCAACAGGCAAUGGUCAUGCUGAAAACUCUCCUUAUUUCGAUGGGUGGAAAGCAUACGAGGCCAACCCUUUUCAUCCCGUCGAUAGACCAGAUGGUGUUAUUCAGAUGGGGCUAGCUGAGAAUCAGCUUUGCUUUGAUUUCAUUGAAAAGUGGCUCAUGGAACACCCGGAAGCUUCACUGUGUACUGCUGAAGGUGUAAACAAAUUCAAGGAGGCGGCACUUUUCCAGGAUUAUCAUGGCUUGCCUGAGUUCAGACAAGCUGUUGCAAAAUUUAUGGGGAAAGUGAGGGGAGAUAGAGUAAAAUUCGAUCCGAAUCGGAUUGUUAUGAGCGGCGGAGCCAAUGGUGCUCAUGAAAUGGUUGCCUUUUGUUUGGCUGAUCCCGGUGAAGCAUUUCUGAUUCCUACUCCUUAUUAUCCAGGAUUUGAUCGGGACUUGAGGUGGAGAACUGGUGUGGAACUUGUUCCUGUCGUUUGUGAGAGUGCCAAUGAUUUCAAGAUCACCAUUGAUGCUUUGGAAGCUGCAUAUGAGAAAGCACAAGAAGCUAACCUCCGAGUCAAGGGUUUGCUCAUAACGAAUCCAUCAAAUCCAUUGGGAACUUUCAUGGACAAGGAUACCUUAAAGAACAUCAUAAGCUUCAUAAACAAAAAGAACAUCCAUUUGAUAGGCGACGAGAUAUAUGCCGCCACAGUUUUCACGGAGCCCGAGUUCGUCAGCAUAUCGGAAAUCAUCGAACAAGUCGAAUGCAACCGUGAUUUGAUCCACAUCGUUUACAGUCUCUCAAAGGACAUGGGGUUCCCCGGAUUCAGAAUCGGCAUCGUAUAUUCAUACAAUGACGCAGUGAUGAACUGUGCCCGCAAAAUGUCGAGCUUCGGGCUGGUGUCUUCUCAAACACAACACUUAAUCGCCUCAAUGCUAUCGGACGAUGAGUUCGUUGACGAUUUCGUCGACGAAAUGAAACAACGGUUGCUCAAAAGGCACAAGUAUUUCACUUGGAGAUUAGAACAAGUUGGUAUCGGUUCAUUGAAGAGCAAUGCCGGGCUGUUUAUCUGGAUGGAUUUGCGUAAGCUCUUGAAAGAGAAAACGUUCGAAGCCGAGAUGGAACUGUGGCGAGUGAUCAUCAAUGAUGUUAAGCUCAAUGUUUCGCCGGGAUCUUCGUUCCACUGCUAUGAACCGGGGUGGUUCAGGGUUUGCUUUGCUAACAUGGAUGAUAACUCCAUGGAAGUUGCUUUGUCUAGGAUCAGAAACUUCAUGAUCAAGAACAACGAGACCGUGAUUCCACAUCGGAACAAAUUAUGGAGGCGAACCAGCCUUAAGCUCAGCUUAUCUCGAAGAAUGGACGAUUUCAUCAUGUCGCCGAGCAUCUUGUCUCCUCACUCUCCUUUACCUCAGUCGCCGCUCGUCCGAGCCCGGACUUAAAUCGGAGGUACAACUGAAUCCGAACGGACCCUUUCAUAUAUAUACACUAGGCUUUAGAUAUCACCAUUCUUUCCCAUGGAGAUAACCCAUACAAGAGGGACCUAUGAAUUAAUGUGCAAAACAAAGGAUUGUUUCUUGAAUAUCUUUUUACAUUAGCAAGUAUGCAUUU